AUGCUGGCUGGGAUCGUCACGGUGGACUUCAGCGUGCCGCACGCCGUCGAGGAGGUCCUGGUGACGCAGGAAACGCGACCAGUAAUACGGUUUCACGGUCGCCGGGCGAUUCUGUGGCUCCGCGAGCCCGCGCACGGUGGGCACGAUGCGUUCGACGGCGACACCGACGCCUUCAUGCCAGGGGACGGCGACGAGCCCGGAGAGAUGGUCGCGGAGGCCCGCUGGGGCAGCGGGCACAGGAGCAACGCAACGGCCUUUUGGGAGGCGGUGUACGUCCUGCAGUCCCGGGACAACGACCGUGUGCGGCUCGAGGUCGCAGCGGCCCACCCGUUGCGCGCCAAGCCAGGAAGCAGCGUCUCCGUGCCCGUCGAGGUCUGGCUGCUGCCCGGAUUCUUCACGGCGCCGCCGUCAGUUGCUAACGGCGCCGGCGCGUCGGACGGGCACGCCGGAAACGCCCCGAACGGGGACGUUCCGGGCCAGUUGCUGGACAGUGGGACACUGCAGCAGCGCAGAGCGCAAACGUCGCAAGUGCGGGCGGCCCGGAACCUCGUCGCCUACCUCGAGGCCGGGGAGGACGGCGACCAGGACAUGGCAGACGCGGACGGCGGACGCCAGGUGGGGGGGGACGAGGGCGUUUUGGGCAUGAGCGACUCAGAGGACGAGAAGGACCCCGCGGAGACGGUCCGCGACGACGUCUUCGCGAUCAUUCAGCCCUCUGGCUGGAUGCGCGCGUCGGAGAACCCGGAGGGCAUGCGCGUGCCUCUGUACAGGUACCAGCGGCGCGCCCUGGCUUGGAUGGAGUGGCGAGAGCGACAGGGUACGGGCGACCCCGACACGCAGGACGGCCCGUCCGGGGGCUUUGCGGCCUCGAUGGGUCAGCGCGGCGGGGGCACCGCGGGGCCCUCCUCCGGCUCGCUGCUGCACGCGCUGUGGGAGCCGGUGCGCCUGGUGGGCGGCGCCGAGGUGUACGUCAACAUGCACACGGGCGAGGUGUCCCCCACGGCGGUGCUGCGGACGAACGAAGUGCCAGGAGGCAUCCUCGCCGACGAGAUGGGCCUCGGGAAGAGCGCGGAAGUAAUUGCGCUGAUGCUGUCGCGCCCAGGACCGCCCUGCGCGCCGCUCGGGUCGGCCCCGAGCGGUGCCGCGGCGGCGGAGUGGGACGGCCCGACGCUGAUCGUGGCGCCCGCCGCGAUCGUGCUGCAGUGGGAGCAGGAGAUCGAGAAAUUCUCCAACCUCAAAGUGCUGGUCUACGAUGGUCUCGAGAGCAAGAACCUCGACGCGAAGCUGAAGGACUUCGCGCGCGAGCUCCGCGACGCCGGCGCCGACGGCGGCGGCAUCUACGAACCCCCCCCCGCCGUGACGCCCAAACGCCCCCGGCAGAAACGCAUGUCAUACCGCGAGGCGCUCCAGCGCGGCCCAGACCCCCCCCACGAGGCCUCCACGCGCGCCGAGCUCGUGCGGCACUCGAUGAAGUGGAUGCUCGACCUCCAGCGCAUGCACCGCCGCGUCGAGGGCGACAGCGACCCCAACGCCAAGGUCAAGCGCGCCGAGCUCGUGGCGGAGCUGAUGCGGCGGUACGACGUCGUGCUGACGUCCUUCACGGUGCUGUCGUCCGAGGUGCACCUGCAGAAGUGCCAGCGCACGUUCCGCCGCGCCAAGGUGUACCACCCGCCGGAGUGCCCCCUCAUCCAGCUGCGGUGGUGGCGCUUGGUGGUGGACGAGGCGCAGCAGGUGGGCGCGGGCAUCGGGCACGUCGCGGAGAUGGCGCUGCGGGUGCGGUCGCGGCACCGGUGGUGCGUGACCGGGACGCCGCUCGGGCCGCACGGCCUCGACGACCUGCAGGGGCUGCUCCGGGUGCUGCACCACGACCCUCUCGCUGACGAGCGGAUCUUCCGGCGGCUGCUGCGGGACCCGUUCAUGCGGUCGGAGCGCGGGUCGCGGGAGCGCCUCGCGGCGGCGUUGCUGCCCGUGAUGUGGAGGAACACCAAGGAGGCGGCCGCGGCGGAGGUGCCGCUGCCGCCGCGGCAGCUGCGCGUCGCGAAGCUCUCGCUGUCGGAGCAGGAGCGCGUGUUCUACAGCCUCGUGCGGGACCGCGGCAGGCAGGCGCGCGAGGCCCUGCGCGGCGCCUACCACGAGGCCAUUGCCGCUGCCGCCGACGCGUACGACGAGGCGCACGGGAGCUCGCCCGUCCCCGCGGGCAUGCGUCUGGCGCGCGUGCGGCACGCGGAGUCCAAGCAGCGCGCUUCGGAGGCCAAGUACCAGCUCGCCUGCCAGGACGCUGUCCUGCAGGAGCGGUACAGCGCUAUACACCCCCAACUGACGCACUACUGGCGUACAAUGGGGACCCAGCAGCUCCAGGCGAGCGACGGCGGCGCGGGGAUGACGGAGGUGAUGGGGACGGUGCGGAGCAACACCCAGAGCGAGCUGCAGGCCAGGGAGCGCGAGUUGUGCACGGUGCUCAACUUUGCCGCCUCGAAGAUGCUCGCGCUCGCGGACGCGCGCGCCGCGAAGGCGCAGGGCACGCCGCGGAAGCGCAAGGGCGAGCCGAGCCGCGCGGAGCUCGACGCGAAGCGCGCUCGCGGGCCGGACGCGCCGCGCGCGCACGCGUCGCAGCAGGGCGGCAGCGGGAGCGACGACGAGGGCGCGGACGCCCCGAACAGCCCCGCGACGCUGCGCGCGAGGGGCCCGUUCUUCGGGCUCAGUCCGGACGAGCUCCGGCGCGACGCGAGGCACUACGUGGAGAUCAGUUACAAGGUUGGCGACAAGGGGAUUGGGGCGCUCGAUGGGGAGGAGGGCGGGGACGAGAACAUCUCGCUGGACUCCGGGGCGAUUCGCGCGUGGCGGCUGCUCGAGGUGAACACGCACGCGAUGCUGAUCCGCAUGCUGCAGCCUUACGCGGAGGGGAGGGCUGCCGAGACGGCGGAGGAGGGCGAGGCGGCGGCGGAGCGGUUGGACAAGCUGCGGUUGGACGCGGAGAAGAAGGACAAGGACUAUUUGUGGAGCGCGGAUCAGGAGCUGGAGCAGGCGAGCGAGGCGCACAAGGCCGCGUGCGAGAAGGUCGAGUCCCUGAGCAGGGCGCUCAAGGCGUGCUGGGCGCGCUGCAAGGCCGGGCCCAAGAUCGACUGGGUCGUCGCAGGGCUCGAGGAGGGCGCGCUGGGCGCGCGCGGCAGGGCGUUCGACGCGGCGCUGUGGGAGCGGCAGGUCAUGGAGGGAGUCGAGAAGGCGGCGGCGGAGGAAGAAGCCUGGUUGGCGUCUCAGGAAGACCAGCAAAUUCAGUCUGUCCUGGGGCACCACGUGGCCGACUUCCUCGAGCACCAGUCGUCCCGCGUGCAGAGCAUGCGAACCGCGCUCGCGGACGCCGGCUUCCUGCGCCACGAGGUCAAAGACUGCGUUCGUGCACUCCCGAAGACUCUGCUCAUCAACUCCAGUUCCCUGCCGCCAACCCCGUGCCCGCCGUGCCCCGAGAAGCCCCCGGGGCUGUCCGUAUGCCACAAGAUCCUCCUCGGCGCCGACCUUCCCGCGAAGCCGGGCGGCUUGAGCAAGGGGGCGGCCGUGGCGGCCGCCGCACUGUACCAGCACUGCGACGAGCAGGACAAGACCUUUGAAUCGUACUUCAUUGAGAAGAAGUGCCUCAGGAACUUCGAGAAGAUGCUCGAGCGGAUCCGCGAGCCCCCCGGGCCCCUCGUGCCCGGCGGCGCGAAGGGCGCCGACAGCGGCGCGGUCCUGCCUGCGGUGCUGGUGGUGAAACGAUGCUUCGACCUGCUGGGCGCACUGCGGGACCGGCACGUCAAGGCGCGCGGCGUCGUCGUGAAGAAAUGGGGCAGAGAACGUGCGCAGGAGCUGCUCCAGCAGGCCCGCGAAGAGACCCCGAACGUGCCGAGUCAGGUCCGCAGCAGCACCGGCGUGCAGCUCGUGCGUCGAAUUGAGGAGCUCAAAGCCAAGUGCCGGUACCUGCGCCACCAGUACAAGUACCUCGGGCAGGUCAUCGGAGCCGGCACCGAGAAGCCGGCGGCCCCCGCCGACAACGCAGCUGGCUCGCAGGCGCAGGCGCAGGCGCAGGCGGGGGACAGCGGCGGCGACGACGCGCACGAGACGUGCCCAUCGUGCCUCGAGCCCAUCGACGUGAGGGGCAAGGACGUCCACAUGUACCCGUGCGGGCACCGGGUCUGCAAGGACUGCAACGUGAAGAUCUGGGACAACCCCGCGCUCCGCGGCCGCUGCAUCACGUGCAAGCGCAAGGCCCGGCGCGGCGAGAUCUGGGCAUACAAGGUCGGUGCGCGGAGCGGGAAGGGCGGCGACGGGCGCGCGGGUGGCCCUGACGGCGGCGACGAGUGCACGGACUGGCCAGAGCUGCGGUUCGUACGGUUCGAGCCCACCGCCGAGGCGGGGACGAAGCUCGGCGCCGUCGUGCGGCGGCUCACGUUGCUCGGCAAGACGCGGCCGGACGAGAAGACGCUUGUCUUCAGCCAGUUCCCGAACGCGCUGCAGCUCCUCGGGAAGCUUCUGACGGCGGCGCACAUCCCCCACGUGUCCCUGCUGUCGUCGGGCGGGCGGCAGGGGCACCGCGAGGAGAUGCUGCGCUUCACGCAGGACCCCGAGUGCCGCGUCUUCCUCCUCGCGCUCCGCGCGGGGGGUGUCGGGCUGACGUUGGUGCAGGCGUCCAAUGUUAUUCUGCUGGAGCCUGCGACGGACCCGGCGAUCGAGCAGCAGGCGGUGGCGCGCGUGCACCGCAUCGGGCAGACGCGGCCGGUCGUGGUGACCAGGAUGUUGGUGCGCGACACAGUCGAGGUUCCAGUUCUGGAAAUGAACCGGCGGAAACAGGGGCUGGCCGGACACGAGGAGGUCGGCGACGGCGAGGAGGCGCUGGCGGGGACGGCGGCGCUCGGCGGCGGGGAGGCCACGACGAUGGCCGCGCUGGCGCCCACGGCGGAGGGGAUGUCUGCGGUGGACUUGGAGGCCCUCUUGGGGGAGUGA